ACCAUUUCACAACUUGGAAGUUAAUUACAUAUAUUUUAACUUUGUGCUUUCAUUCUUAUCAUUUUGCAAUAAUUGUUUCAGGCACCAAGGAUGGCUUCAAAUUCAAGCUCCAAUUCGAAGAAAAACAAAGGCCGCCAAAAGAUCGAGAUGAAGAAGAUGAUGAAGGAGAGCAACUUGCAAGUGACAUUCUCAAAGCGUCGCGGUGGGCUUUUCAAGAAAGCGAGCGAGCUAAGCACCCUUUGCGGUGUUGAGUUGGCACUCAUCGUGUUCUCUCCGGGGAACAAGGCCUAUUCUUUUGGGCACCCCAGCGUGGAAGCCCUCAUCAAAAGCUUCACGGAAGGUGGGGGCCCGCCACACCUGGACGCCGCCACCGUCCACUUCACGACGGAGGCUCAUGAUGAGCUCAACACAUUGCUGGCGAAGAUCAACGAGGAGAUCGAAGCGGAGAGGAAGCAGUUGGAGGAAAUGAAACGCUGGCGGAAGGAGGCAGAGGCUAAGUGGUGGUGGGCUGCUCCUGUUGGUGAGAUGAGUGUGCCCAAACUGAAGCAAUAUAAAGUGGCGCUGGAGGAGCUGAAGAAAACCGUUACUUGCCACUUUGAAAAGCUUCGUAUUAACAAAGACCCUGUGGCUGUGGGGAAUUAUACUCCUAAUAACAUGAUGCCGCUGCAUGUGCCGAUGCCAGUGCCGUUACCGCCAAUAUUUUUCUCGUCGCUGUUUCAAAACUCUCAGAUGCAUAAUCAUCAUCAAGCAUUUGGAGAUGAGAUACCGUACCACCAGUUUUAUAGCUACACUGCCAUGCUGCAGCAGGGAGGAGGAUCUCCCUUUGGACCGUACACUCGUAACAACUAACAAUGGCGAGCUUUUGAAUUGUGAUCACCCAUGCAUGUUCUGAUCCUAGCAUUUAUGUUGUUUAAUUUACUGUUAAUUGUUAUUCCAGCUGUUCGAGGAGUAGCUUCUACUUUCCUCUUCAUUAUUGGUCAUAUUUUAAAUUUUCUGUUAAGUCUCUGUACAUGCACCUAUUUGCAUGCAGUUUGAAAAUAAAAAUUAAAGCUGUGAU